AUUUGUUAUCCGAAAAUUGAACAAAAAUGGAUCACCUCCACAAAUUCCAAGUAUUGAAACUGACAAAACUAAUUUAGCUACAAUAGCUACAUCAAAUUCUAUUUCUUCCGAAGUACCUUUAACUAUUGAUCUAAAUGACACUGAUAUUACUAAAACUGUUUUACCCAAUGAUCCUGCUUUACCACUUCCAAAAGAGCGUAUAGAGCGUAAUGUAAAACUAUCUGAAGGGCCUUGCCAAAUCCGUCUUCUUUCAUAUCCAAAAACUCUUUUUGGGAAUAGACUUCGUAGCUUUCAAAAUGCAUGGUAUGAUAAUUAUGACUGGUUGGAAUACAGUAAAAGUAAAAAUGCAGGUCAUAUUGAUCAAGCAUUUAUAAGUAAAGGAUAUUCAAAUUGGAAAGAUGCAUGUAAUGCUUUUAAAUCCCAUGUGAAAUCAGUAUGUCAUACAAAUUGUGUAGAAUCUUGGUCAGUAUUUAAGUCAGGUGUCUCUAUUGAUGUUCAAUUAAAAAUUCAAAACGAAUUAGAUUUAAAAAAUAGAGAGAAGGACCGUCUUCAUAACAGAGAAGUUUUAAAACGUCUAAUCGAUAUAGUUAUAUUGUUAUCGAAAACUGGACGAUCAUUUAGAGGCCACGAUGAAAGUUCUAAAAGUAUGAAUAAAGGACUCUUCUUAGAAACUGUCAAUCUACUAAAGAAAUAUGAUCCUAUAAUUCAAGCUCACUUAGAAAAAGGCCCAAAAAAUGCCCAAUAUUUAAGUAGUAAAAUACAAAAUGAUUUAAUUAAGUCUCUACAUAACGUUAUAUUUCAACUUAUUCUUAAGAAUUUAAAUGGAAAAAAAGUUUCAAUUAUGGCGGACGAAACUAGUGACUGUGGUCAUAUAGAACAAAUGGCUAUUGUCCUAAGAUGGGCAUGUAGAGCAGAGGCAGUAUCUGCAAUUCGUGAAAACUUUUCAGCUAUAAUAAAAACAAUAAUUGAAGUAAAUAAAAUAACGAAAUUGCCUGAAGUCAAAGUUAAAGAAAAAGGAAUUAUUAUGCAUUGUCAGAGUUUUAAUUUUAUUAUUUCCUUAGAAUUAAUGCAUCCCAUACUACAAAUGAUUCUAAAAGUAAGUCAAACACUUCAAAAUCCUUCAAUUAAUUUAUUGGUUGCAAUAAAUGAAGUUAAGAAUCUUCGUUCAGCUUUACAACAAUUACGUUGUAAUAAUGAUUUCUAUGAUGAAGCAUAUACAACAGUUUUAAAAAUUUGCAAAGAAUAUGAUAUUGAUGAACCAUCGAUUAAGUUAAGGAAAAAAUCAAAACGUUUUGAUGACAACAUAGAUAAUGAACAUAUUUUCAAUACAAAAAAAGAAGAAAUUCGUGUUACUGUAUUGAUUCCCAUGUUAGAUUCUCUUAUAUAUGGUAUUGAUCAACGUUUUAAUCAAGAUACAAUAUCUUUAAUUACAGCAGUCGGGAAAAUGUUAAAACUUGACUCAAAUAAAGAUGAUAUUAAAUUGUUAUCGUCAUUUUUUAAUAUUUCUGAAGAGGAAUUAAUUUCUGAGAUCCGUCUACUUUUGUCUCGUGACUUAGAUUGUGUAACACAACUUGUUAAACAAGAUUGUAUGACGUGGCUAGAUUGGUUCCGAAAAAAUGAAAUUGAAGUAACCAGUGCUUCUUGUGAAAGAGCAUUUUCUAAACUCACUCAUGUAAAAAGUAAACUUCGAUCCACCAUGAAACAAGACCGUUUAGAUGACCUUAUGCUACCAUACAUGGAACAGUCUUUGGCUAAUAAUGUUAAUGUUGAGAAUGUCAUUGAAGAAUUUAAAAAAUUGGUAGGGGAACGUGGGGCAGAACGGGGCCAUGGGGCAAAACGGGGACAUUCCAAUAUCUAUGUCUUAUAA